AUGGCCCAACAACACCUGAACUAUUGGUGGCCCACCAGCACCAAAACUAUUGGUGGCCCAACAACACCAAAACUAUUGGUGGCCCAACAACACCAAAACUAUUGGUGGCCCAACAACACCAAAACUAUUGGUGGCCCAACAACACCAAAACUAUUGGUGGCCCAACAACACCAAAACUAUUGGUGGCCCAACAACACCAAAACUAUUGGUGGCCCAACAACACCAAAACUAUUGGUGGCCCUUCAGCACCCAACACUAUUAGUCGUCCAUCAACACCAAAGCUAUUGGUGGCCCAACAACACCAAAACUAUUGGUGGCCCGUCAACACCAAAACUAUUGGUGGCCCGUCAACACCAAAACUAUUGGUGGCCCGUCAACACCAAAACUAUUGGUGGCCCGUCAACACCAAAACUAUUGCAUCUAAUUAUGUCAUCGAAUGAUUAUGCUGUCGUUACAUCUAACAACGACGACCUAAUAAGUGACGUGGCCGAUAGUGGUGUAGUCAGGGACAUCGGCCGCGCUGCCUCAUUCGCAGGAAUCGCAGGUAAGUUCAUGAGCUAUCAUCGCAGUUCUCCUACAUUAUCGGUAAGAUUGGGUGCUAGUUAUGUUUGCACGCAAUGCGUUCUCGUUAGAGCACAAUGCACCAGGCAGCCGACUGCAGUGGUGAAGUCAGUCACCCCGUCC